AUGGAGUCCAAAAAGAACGCUCACAGACUGAGCCGCAUAUUUCGCAAGCCAAAAGUAAUGGUAGCACCGCGUAGUUGGAGAGAGGACGGUGGUGAAAAUACUCUGCACAGCGGCGUGCCGCUCUCGUUGCUGAAUGCGAUGGUGCAUGAACUUACGGAUGAUGACAAGACGCGCGUGGCGGCCCAGCAGGAUCCCCCUUCCGUUCUACAGGAGGAACUUGCCAAACGCGCAGCUCGCUUUGGGCUCGCCGUGGGCGGUCACAACGGCAAUGGUGGGGACGCGGCGGCUGGAGAUGACUCGAUGCGGAAGCGCAUGGAGCGCUUUGGUACGACGGAGCCGCCGCCGCUGCCAGUUUUGGUUGUGGACGAGGCGACACUGAAGUCACGCGAAGCUCGCUUCAAAUCAGAGGAGGCAAAGACGAUGGAUGAGGCGAUGCAGAAGCGACUGGCACGGUUUGGAGCAGCUCCGGCGGUGGUGGAGUUGAAACUGUCAGAGGCCGACCGCGAGGCGAUGGCAAGGCGCGAGAGUCGUUUUGCCUCCUGCUGA